UAUCUUUCAAUCCGCGAAUCCCGUGCCAAUCGACAAAGCACUCGCGAUUUGUGGUGGAUUGUGACCUUUGGUCCCGCGUGCUUGUUUCGGAACUCGGCAGAGUAUGAUCGCGUAAAGAAGUCACCGCGCUGCUGUUGAAUUGACCCUCCCGCCCCGGACGCCGACCGCAAUUAGUGGUAUUUGUUGACAGUGACUUCUUAAAUCGUCGCCUCCACGGUCAAACAUGGCACAGUCGAAACUCAAGCAAGUGUUCAGCUACCAAUCGUGGGUACAUGCGGUGUCUGGAUCGGCGGGUAGCGUGAUUGCAAUGUCCGCCUUCUAUCCGCUGGACACCGUCCGGAGUCGGCUACAGUUGGAAGAACCAGAACGACGCAAGGCACUAAGUACCUGGCGGAUACUAAAACACCUGAUCGAGGAGGAAGGCUUCGCGACGCUCUACCGUGGCUUGGUGCCGGUGCUGGAGAGCCUGUGCAUUUCCAACUUUGUCUACUUCUACACGUUCCACAGUUUGAAGGCACUGCGUUCCGGGGGCAGCUCGGGCCAGUCGGCGCUCGGUGAUCUGGUGCUGGGUUCGCUGGCCGGGAUCGUUAACGUGCUAACAACGACCCCGUUCUGGGUUGUCAACACCCGGCUGAAGAUGAAGGGCCUCGACCAGCGCAUUGUCGGUGCUGUCAACGGUCACGCAAGCAAAGAGCAACGCAGCAACACCACAAAUGUCGCGUACGAAGGACUGCUGGACGGGUUGCAGUACAUCGCGCGCACCGAAGGCGUGCGGGGUCUGUGGGCCGGGGCCGUACCUUCGCUGCUGCUCGUCCUCAAUCCGGCCAUCCAGUUCAUGGUGUACGAAGCGCUCAAGCGACGGGUUACGGAGGGACCGGCCGGGACAGUUGUCCGCAGCCCGUCCGCACUAACGUUCUUCAGUAUCGGAGCGAUCGCGAAAAUGAUCGCUACCGUUCUAACGUACCCGCUGCAGCUGGUGCAAACCAAGCUACGGCACGGCAAUGCGGACAAAAGCCUAAACCUGCCGGCGGACAUCGACACGGUCCAGCUGCUGCUGAUCAUCUUGAAGCGCCAGGGUGUUGGCGGUCUGUAUCGUGGGCUUGAGGCAAAACUGCUGCAAACCGUCCUCACGGCGGCGCUGAUGUUCAUGGCGUACGAGAAAAUUGCCCGGUUCGUCACUUCGCUGCUCAUUUCCAACCACGGGCCUAAAGGCUGAGUUGCGACCGAGAGACCACCCGCUGUCCGUCCCGCGGAAAACCAAGCUCUUUCUUCCCGAAAGACACACUCUCUCUUUCGAUAAGGUGUUAUGUUUCACCCUUCUGUCCAUUCUAGUCCUUUCCAUCACCAACCAUUUUUACUUUGCAUCUGUGAUGAUGAUACCAAGAGCAGGAGCAACAGCGCCGGUCGUCCAUUCAUCCUACGCACAUUCCGAAGAUCCCAGGUCGGGUUGUUUUAUUUAUAUAACCAUUUUACAUCUCUACCUAAAGCUUCAAAAGAGCAAAGUGGUGCGCCAGGGCGGCCCGCGGCUGUAUUACGGUUCUUUCUUUUUAUAAUACUUAAAAUUGGCAGAUAAGGGAUAAUAGGGAUUAAACUAAAGCGGGAGCCCGGUGGGCGUUUGGAAGGGAACGGCUUUUUUCUCAUUCAGACUAGAAUUUCCAAAGCAAAUCUGCUUUAGUAAGUGUGUGUGGUUCAUAAGAUAAUAUGAAUAUGAUAAGAUGAAUUUGCGUUGCGACCGAACAAAA